AUGAAUCAUUCAGCUGACGAUCCGGAUGAUUUAGUACAAAAAAAAAUUGAUCUUAAUCAUAUUACAAAAAUGAGCUAUCAAAUGCAUGUACCAGAUUCAAUAACAGUAGGUCCAAAUCGAUCAACAAUAUCUCGUCUUCAUCAAGAAAAUGAACAAUUACCCGUUCGUAUGGAAGUACCUAACAGUAUUCGUCUUGGUAAUAAUACUAAUACUGGAAUAUCUAAUGGCAGUGAUUAUUCAACAGAUAAUAAUCUUGAUCAUUCGUUUGAUUCAAGUACACAACAACCUUCAUUUAACCCAUCAAAUAUUGAACCUCCAAGUGAUGAUGAUUAUACAACAAUUGACACACCUCAUAAUCCGCAUCAGCAUCAACCGAUAAAAUUAGCCGAAUCAUGGCAUAUCGAACCAAUUACAAAUUUCGAUGAUAAACAUGUAAUAAAUAAAUUACAAUUACUUCAGAAUCGUAUUCAACAUAUCGAACGAACAUUAGCAAGACGAGAUUUUCGCGAUCGAUUUAUGUAUACAUGCAUUAUUGGCUAUUUUCUUCUUCAAGCUUUACUUUCCGUUCGUCGUUCAAUGCUUAAUUAA